AUGAUGUGCAAUCAUCGUGCCAGCGUCUGUUUUGUUUAGUACUUGCUCUCCAGGACAAAUACACCUUUGCAUGUCGCCGGGAGUGACAGACAUCCGGGUGGAAGUGAUGCAAUCAUCCUAAUUGAGGUUCAUUCUAUACAUAAGUGGAGUCUGGUGCAGCCUCUCCACCCAUCGCGCUUUUACCGUCUCGACCGCCAGCUUCCAUACGCGGCUCUGAACAGCCUCUGGAUCCUCCUGUCUGCUGCUAAAGACCCGCUAACUACGCUUCUCACAGCUCUCAAUCCAACAAACAGAAGAAUGAAGCUAUCUUUGGUAAUACUUUGCCUCAUUGGGGCAGUUUUUGCCAACCCAAUUCCAUACAACGCUGUUUUGGAAACUAGUGAGCUUGAGGCGAACACGACUGAAAGCUUGUCUCUGUCGCAAUCAUCUGAAAAUGACAUGUCUCAGCAUCAGAACUCUGCCGAAAAUACCUCAGAGCAAAGUUCCGAGUCAGAGUCGCUAGAAACCACAUCAGAGGACACGACUUCAGAGGAGAGUAACAGUCAGUCAGAUGAGAGCAAUCAGAUCACUCAGGAUUUAAUCUCUGAAACCCGAGACGACAGCAUGGGCAGUGAGGAGAACGUUCGAAAGAACCUGGUUCCGAUGCUUGCGAAGGUUGCCAACGCCCUGAGCGCAGAGGACGACAACAGCACGGAGGUCAAAGGUCAGCCAGACCUGAGCAACGAGCAGACCGACAAGCUGCCCGCCUUCACCGCUUUCAAACAGGGGGCCGCAGCCGCGCAGCCGGCGGACACCCCCGCCGGCAGCAGCGACACCACCAGCGAGAGCGCGGAGUCCAGUGACGUCACCACGGCCGCGCCGGACAGCAGCAGCAGCAGCGAGAGCAACGAGUCCAGCGACGAAAGCCGGAGCCCCGAGGACAGCGGCGCGAGCGACAGCGCCGAGCUGCCGCAGAUCCGGGCCCAGCCCUGCGGCAAUGCGACGCAGAGCUGCGAGAGCGAGGAGGUCUUCCAGGCGAUAGGGGACGACGGCCAUCACCCCGUGGACACUCUGAUGGCCCCGGACGAGGAGGAGAUGGAGCUGAGUCUAAGGAGGCGAUAACAAGCGCUGCUGCAGCUUUAUGCCCCCAUCAUGAACUACAAGUCCAUUAAACAGCCUGCCUGAAGACUCA